AUGGAAACUAUAAAGGCGAAUGCAGCGUUCCUGUGUAACUUUGAGGUGAUGCAGAUUCUGCAGCAGCUGAAGGAUAGCACCCAGAAGAAGCACAAGAGAGAGGGCUCACUAGCUACUGUCACAUAUGAGACAGUCCACUACCUACAAGACACAGACUGCAAGAACCAGAGCGCGCAUGCUAUACAGAAGUUCCUGGAAGCCAUGAAGAAGUUCAAGCUCACAAAGGUGGAGAAGCUCAUGAUGGCCAACAGCCCGCCCAGGACUGAACUGGAAAUUCAAUUGAUAGUCCAAGAAAGUGAAGAGCGCUUAUCAGAAGACGAAGUGCGUGAGAUCAUUGACAUCGUGAACGAAUGUCUGCCGGCCGCCGAGCCCUCCUGACCCGCCGGUGUAGGGCUACAACUAACUACUUGAUUACUUAGGUUAGUAUCAGAUCUCAACUGGUCUAUGGCAUCAAGAAAUCAGAGAAAGCAAUUAGUUACGGUAAACUGGACUUACUUUAUUUUGAAUUGCGGGGCAACAUUGACCAUCGAUUUUUUAACUGUAUUUGGAUUGGUAUCUGAACGUUAUCUUCAUGUAUUUCUGUUAAGGCCAGCCAGCUACAAGAGUAACCAGUGAUAUAGGUUGACUAGCAUAAGCA